AUGGCUACCAACGCGUCGGUCGUCUUUGACCUCCCCCCUCUUCCGACCUAUACCUUGACUCCCCGCCCGCCGGUUCUUGCUCCGAUCCCAGACAAUAUCCUCGCUUUGAUCUUACCCAUCGUUGCUUACUGGGCCUUGUCCAUGGUAUAUCACUUUAUUGAUGUCAACGAUUACUUCCCUCAAUACCGCCUACACACCCCCGCUGAGGUGCUGAAACGAAACCGAGUCACGCGCUGGGAAGUAGUGAGAGAUGUUUUGCUCCAGCAAGUAGUCCAGACGAUCGCGGGCAUGGCAGUGAGCUAUUUCGAUGAGCCCGAAUGUUUGGGUAAAGAAGCAUAUGAUGUGGCAGUUUGGGCUCGCCGUCUUCGCCUCAUGCAAAGGGGCCUGCCUCAUCUGCUGGCUCUCUUUGGUAUUGAUGCUAUGGGUUUAGGGAAGAAUCUGUCGCAUAAGGGCUGGGGAAUGCUUGGAGGCGCCAUUGCAGGCGGGCAUUACCCACAAUUUACCCAGUCCCUUAUUCUGGAUAGUGGCGCAGAAGCGGUGGUCCCUGCUUUCACCAACUGGGAACUUUCUACGGCUGGUUUCAUCUACUGGUUCUUCGUCCCCGCGUUGCAGUUCAUCUGGGGCGUUUGCGUCGUCGAUACCUGGCAGUACUUCCUGCACCGCGCGAUGCAUUUGAACCGGUGGCUUUAUGUGACCUUCCACUCCCGCCACCAUCGUUUAUAUGUUCCCUAUGCUUUCGGCGCUCUCUACAACCAUCCCGUUGAAGGAUUCCUUCUCGAUACUGCUGGCACUGGCGUCGCAUUCUUGACAGCCCGGAUGUCGACUCGCCAGAGCAUGUGGUUCUUCACCUUUUCUACCAUCAAAACCGUUGACGAUCACUGCGGCUAUGCUUUCCCCUGGGAUCCGCUGCAGCAUUUCACAUCCAACAAUGCCGCUUACCAUGACAUUCACCACCAAAGCUGGGGAAUCAAGACGAACUUUUCGCAGCCUUUCUUCACAAUCUGGGAUCGUUGGUUCGGUACUCAGUGGAAGGGCGAUGUGAAGUUACGUUACGAACGUUCCCGUGAAUCUGCUCAGAAGCAGCUUGACAACGAUGCUAGCUCCGCCACCAAUUCGGGUGCUGAUACUCCGGCAUCCGGAAGUGUCACUCCUGCAGCUGUUCCCCAAGAAGGACCGGCAGAGUCCACUCGCUCUCGCCGCAGAAAGACCGUCACGCUUUCCCCUCAUGUCGAUGGUUUCCGAAGCGUAAACCACCCCGUCGCCAGCAGCGUCCUAUAG